AUGAGCCAAAUCAGCAAUACCCUUCGGAGACCGAGCACCGCUCAACCUGGCCCGCUAAGCACGCGCAUGUCCUACGAAGCCGGCGAGGCCCUACUCUGGGAACGGCAAAACCACCGCGUCAACGCCCACCUCUCUACCCAAGUGAAAGAGCUACAAGCCCAAAAUGACGCCUAUAAUGCCCGUAUUGCGGCCACCGAGUCCGUUUCUAAAGCUGCCGAAGCUGCUGUCAGCAAGGUGAAGCAGAUAGAAACUAGAAUCGCGGCUAUCGAAGCAGACGAUCAGGACAGGCCGUUCGAUGCUUAUACCAAGGAGGCUAUUAGCCAAAUCCAGAUCUUUGUCGAUAGCCACAAGGGAGUUAGGCAGAAAUUGAGCGGGUUGGAGCAGAACGUGAUUACUUUGAGCGGGGAUGUGGAAGAUGUGAGGGACGUGCGUGGGCUGCUCAGUAACGUGGUGCGGAGACUGGACGUGCUUGAGGAUGGGAGGAGGGAGGAGAAAAGAGAGAUAAGGGAGUUGGAAAAAGAGGUGGAGAAAUGGAGAAGCGCAAGCCGACAUCAUGAGUCUGUGGUUUAUGAGGUCGAACCGCACAACCCUAUGCAGGUCUUCUACGGCGUUGGCACACAGCCUCGCUCCGGCCGUCAGAGUCUUGAACUGAGUGGAAACGAGAGGCACGAAGGAGACUGUAGGUCAGAACGAUUUGCUCAAUCACCAGAGCAACGAGAUGGACACAGAGCCAAUGAUACGCUUCCAGAGCAUAGUGGCUUGCAACCGCCGCACGCAGACGUUGUAAGACCCGAAGAGGGAAGCUUCAACCUGCCAGAAGCUGCGCCUGAGACCCAUCUCAGUUGGGAGAACACCCAGCAAUUCAAAGAUAUGCAGGCGGAGCUGGCUGCUCUUCGAGCAAUGUGUCGAACGCAGGAACCCAAGAGCAGCGGUCAAACAGCCGACGCCACCCAGCGACCUCAGGAGACGAUCAUAAUGCCCAAAGAACAUGAUCCUGGCUUCUCGGAUGCAACCACCGCGACUGAAGCUGACUCCCACAUACAACUACCUUCAUCGCCACCAAAGAGACACGAUACGCAAUCAGCCAGGCAGAGUCUCAUGAAACGACCGUCCAUCUACGAUCCGCGGGUAGCCUCAGUAAACGAGCACAGACAGGUCGAACAACCGGUGUCUGACUUCAGGGCUGAGUUAGGUCACCAUGCCCGUCCUUCGCUGGUGGUCAAGUUACCUGUCGUUGUCAACAAUCGGAUAUCGGCAAAACGAAAGCGUGCAGAUGAUGCACCAGCUCAACGCGUGACACGUCCCAAGUUCGCCAGCAACAGGGCCGCUACUAGAGAGCCCGAGGCUUUGGCGGCCAAGUUCAAAAGGCCUGACGAGGAGAGCACCGUCGAUGGGCCCUUGAGUUCGGCAUCAAUUAACGACGCUCCUCCUUCAGUUGCACAGACUCGCAAGACACGUGGCCAGCAGAACUUAGCUGUAGAUCAUCCGGUCCAGCAGGUAGCAGCUCAAUCCGGCACAAGGAAACAGAAGCCGCGUGCUACACCAGUCGCAAAGCCGAUUGUGUCAGCGGCUGAAACUGUCAAGUCUCGAAAGGCCAUCAGUAAGCCUAAGCCAGUUGUGAGCGCUGCAACACAAGACCCACCUCCCCAAGCUGGUCCCAGCAGUUCGAAGAAGACCCCUACCACCGUGAAGAUCGAAGUCAAAUCCGGUCGACAGCCACCAGGAGCAUGCAUGUCAUGUCGUUUGCGCCAUCAGAAAUGUGAUCGGACGCACCCAGCCUGUGAACGCUGUGUGAAGCUCAGCAUUCCUUGCGAGUACUCUCAGCCGGUGCGAGCUGUUGUAAAGGACACAGACCGCGAGCAAGACCUGCGAGGAAGGUCUGUGACCGUCAGUCCUGAAGCGACCCGAGACAAACGUUCUGCAAAACGCCAGAUGCCCGCUUUGCCGUCAAAGAAGUCUGUCACCACUGCAGCCCCUACCGCGGCCAGCACUCGGGCUCCGAGAGCAAAGAAGGCACCAAACACGAAGGCACCUCCAAAAAAGCAGAAGUAA